CGAGAGAGAGGUGAGCGUACACGCUUGCGCCGCGCCACACACAGCCGCCGGCGACGCGACGCCGACGCGACCGAAACAAUUCGCCGCGCGCGCAACACGCGCCAAGUGCAUCGCUCCUGCACCGUUCCAAAUUCAAAAUUCUAGUGAUGUGAUGUGAAAUAACUAAAAACUGUGCAGUGUUGUGUUCGACUGUUCAAGCGAGAGAUUUCUAGUGAGUGCUGACGGAGAUUGUGAGAAUUUUUCUCGUUAUUUGACACACAUAUGACGUGAAUAACGGUGCGGGGAUCCGACGGUCGAUCGACUCGCUAAAAUCAAAGUGUUAGUGUUUCUUUAAAGCAGUGUACCGGAAUAUUAACGGACUUGCCUAAGCAAAGAUUUGCUGAGCGUGGCUUCGUGGAGCUUCGCUAAUAUUUUAGAGCGAUGUCGCGGUGGAAGGGUAUACUGAGGUAGCCGGCAGAUGGCAGCAGUGAGCGCGGCGAUGUUCCGCCCGGGGGGCAACCUCGACCCCUGCUAUGGUACGCAACGGAUUUAUGAUACACCGGAGAGUACACGACAGAAGAAAUGGUCGUCAAAAUUAAAAAUAAAUACAUCUGGCAGUACCAAAUCCUCAGAAAAAUCUCCAGAAAUCCCCUACAUGUAUGGAACCAUCAGCGGACCAGGAGGUUCAGCAUUGUCUAAAUCAAUGAAAUAUGCUGAGACUUGGCUCUAUGGGUCCGUUCGGACUCAGACCCCACCUAUUAGGCCGAGUGUCUUCGCAGCUUAUCCUGAAGUCUCUGGCCCCGUCUUAAUAAGUACUCCUCAAAAACCACAACCACAUAACUAUGCAGUAAUAUUAUGUUCCUGUCCUGAGUAUCUAAAUGGUACUAAGAAAACAAGCUCAACCAAAGUCAGUAUAUGUAAGAAAUGCAAAGGAUCUCGUUUGCCAUUAACAAUCACAGAAAGUCCACGUUUACUUGUAGGAGGUACAGUAAGAGGCCCACCAUCAGUAAGCCGGGAGGCUGGUAUUCUUAGAGCGGGGACAGUAAGAGUUCAAGGAACUAAAUCAAGACCUACCAUUUUAAAAACAAAUGGAGAGGCCGAUCCGUAUGAUUUAAUGCGGAGAAGUAGAUUAGCACCGCCUCAUGAAGCUCGUAUUGGAAGUCAAUUUGCAACGACACGAUCUAGAGCAAAAAGUAUCAGUCCUUGUCGUAUGAAAUCAAAAAGACCAAGCCCAGAGUCUAUCAGAAAAAGUAGAAGUAAAUCAGUUAGUCGUGUCAAUGAAAUUUGGGUUGAAGAAGAAACAACAUCUAAUGAUACUAAAAAGUCAAUUCUGUCAUGUGACAUUAAUCCUUAUGAUUUAGUUAAGUCAAAUGGCCCAUCAAAGUCAAUGGUAGAAAUUGAAUUUGAUGAUGAGUAUGGUGACAUAUUUCAAGAGUCUAUAAAAAAUAAUAGACUACUAAACAAAUCAAGAACUGACACUAAUGUUAAAGCUAUAAGUGGACAAAGAAUUCGUAUUGCUGAUGGAGGUAAAACAUUAGUAGAAGAAGCUGCAGUGUAUGAUCCAGUAAAUUAUGAUCUCAAAAAGUAUGAAACAAAGUCACAAGAAGCUUCUUCUACUUUAACACUACCAAAUAUAAAAAAUGAAAGCAAAAAGUCUCUGUCAUUAAGUAAGAGUACGGGUAAAAAAAUAUUAAGUAUAGCAACUUCAAAUCGCACGAAACAAAAAAGUGCCUCUCCAAAACGUCCACCAAGAAGAGUCAGAAAUAUUAAGACAGAUGAUGACAGUGAAAGUGAUAAUCAACGAUUACCUGAAAGAUCUUUUAAUAGAAAAACGAAUACAGAGAGCUCGCGUAACUAUAUAUAUAAAUACAAAAAUCAUAAUACAGAUACCAUAAAGUCAAUUUUGAAAAAACCAAGAUGUUACGGAUUGAAUGAUUCAUCACCAAAAGCUGACAUUUCUGAUGAUUCGUUUGAGACUACACGCAUAAAUACUUCUCAAUUUUAUUUACCUAAACCCAAAGAUAAGAUUUCUUCACAAAAUAUAUUGCAACGCAAGCGAGUACAAUUUUUAGUAGAAAAUGAUGAAACUAAAAUUAUAUACACAGCUGAAUUAAAUCUUGAACAAAAUAUUGUUAGAGAAAUCUCUGGAGAUGGUAAUAUAGAUACAGAAGACGUAGUAGCAGAAGGAGAUGUAGUGAGUCAUAGCUUGUCCCAAGCAGAGGCUUCUAAUGAAUUGAAAUUAACUAAUCAAGAUUUUAAGAAUGAUACUGGACUAUAUGAAGAUGUACAAGUGAAUAAUAGUACGUACUCAUCGUCUAUAGAUGACAAUGUUCAACUUACGGAAGUGAAAAAUAAUCUCGAUUAUACUUCUAUAGCAAAUGUAACAGAUAACGAAUUACCGAAGGUACCAGUGUUACGUCGCUCAGAAUCCGAACGCUUAACUUCAACUGUAUCAAUUUGUCCUCCGAAAUUCUUAGACACGAUGGCUUUACGGCCAAAGAACAAGCAUGGCCAUACAAGUCAAGUAUUUUUUACAUUUGGUAAUGAAACUGAAAGUAAUCAAGAACAAACCAACCCAGAACCAGUUAAACCAGGAGAAUAUACCCAUAUUGAUGAUAAUACUAUACCAUUAUCUAAGAAUAAUAUUGAAUCAGGUAAUUUAAGUGAUAGCAGUGAUAUAACACGAAAUAUCUUGCACGACUUGCGACGUGGCAUUUUAGAAUCUCCAGAACCUCCACCAAGAUUGAAGGCUAAAGAACGAUCAAAAACAAAGAAACACAAUUAUGUCAAAACUCGUUUUGUUCGAAAUAAUUCAUCAAGUUCUACUAGUGAUGAAUGGUCUGAUGCUAAUGAUUAUGAACAGAAAACUGUUUUACGAGUGAAACAGUUCGAUUCCGAUGAAGCUGAAGAGACAAAAGCAACUUCCCAAACGAUGAGAUUUUUGGAAAAUGAACCUAGAAAAACAUCUAUACAAAUAAACGGCAACGAAUGUUAUUCAACAAUGAAUGUCAGCAGCGACACUCCUAUUUAUUUAUCAUCUGUUGUUGUUAAUGAUGACUUUGGAAAUGCAUGUAAUACAUAUCAAACUGGUACAACUGUUACUAUAAGUGUAGGAUCUCCAGAAAAUGCAGUUAAAAAGUCCAAAAGUCAAAUAUAUAUAGGUUCUGUAUUAUCAGAAAAAGCUGAACACAAAGAAGACAGCAGUACUUAUGAAGAAUAUUAUACUCAACAUGAGAGUAAUACGGACAAUAAAACAAGCAAUAAAUCAGACUUAUCAACAAUACUAUGUGAUCCUGUAGAAGCUGUAAGACUUAAUUUAAUCCCUCAUGUAUGUGGCAAAAAAGAUAAAAAUUCAGAAUGUACAACUGAUAGUAAAGAAAACACAAAAUCAGAAAAUAAUAAUUUUGUAACUAAACUAUUUGAUGAUCCUUUUUUCGGCCACUUAGCAGAAGGCUUAGAUUCAGAUUUGGUUAAGAAAUUAAUUGAAAAUUCUUUAAUAAAACUUCAAGAAACUAAAAAUCAAGAAGGUGCUGAUGAUACCACCAAUAAUACAAUCGAAAAGCUUAUAGAAAAUUCGUUAAAGAACUUGAAAACAGAAAUGAAUAAAACCACCGAUAAAAUGCCAGAAAAUACACCAAAGAAAGAAAUAUAUAAAGAAAACAACGAAAAGGAUCAUAAAGAUCAAAUAUCUACUAAUAAUAGUCCAGAACAUGAUGAAAAUGGCUGCUCUGCUCCCUAUGAAAGUAUGGAGUACGAGAGUGGGGCUAUAGGAGUAUUUUCAGAUCUUGAACCAUUGUCUGAUUGUUACAAUGCAUCAGCAAGCGAAUUAUCAACUGAGGAUGAUACGAAUUCUACGAGAUCGAAGUUCUACCAGAUGUUGGUAGACGCUGCACUAUGUGAAAUCGAAAUUGCAAAUAAUACUGACGAUGAUCAUCAUUACGAAUCUAUUCGUCUUAAUAGUGAUCCUAUAUAUGAAGAGAUAGGAGAUAUGCCACCGCCUUUGCCAUCAAACCCUCCACCAAAUUCCUUAUUAUUAUUAGAUGACGAGAAACGUAGUGGUUCACGUUCAAUAUUUGAGGGUGCCUCCAAAUAUGAUAUUUUAUCAUAUUUAGUGGAUGCCAAAGAAAGAGGAAUUGAUGAUGAAGAAACUUAUAUUACUAGUUAUGUUAAUGGAAAUGAUUCAUCCAGUAUGUUAAAUACACCAAAAGAAAAAAGCAGUACUACUGACAUUAGUACACAUCUUAGUAGCAACACAAGUCAGUUAUCAAACGCGUCUGAUUCAAGUGAAGACAAUUCCCUUAUAAUUAAUCACGAGACAUUAGAAAAAGCUAUUGUAUGUAAGAAAACAUCUGCUGAAAUUGAGCGAAAUGAUUCUGGUGUCGGUUCAGAAACUAGUAAAUCUUCACGAAGUAGAUUACAAGGGAAAACUUCGCCUUGUAAUACAUUAAGUGAUAAAGAUACCCCUAUUCAUCUGUGUGAAGAUUGUGAUAGUGCAGUUGAAACACAAAUAACAGAACAAGGUACUAUUUACGCUCCUCUAGUAUGCCGGAAAUGUGCUAAGAAAAGAGCAGAAAGGAAAGAAAUCAUUACGGAAAUAGUAGAAACUGAAGAAAAAUAUGGUAGAGAUUUACAAAUAAUACUUGAAGAGUUUUACAAACCUAUGCUGGUAGCUGGCCUUCUUACUCAAGAGCAAUUAAGUGCAAUCUUCUUGAACGUAGAAGAGCUAAUUGAAAAUAAUCAAGUGUUAUCUGAAAAAUUAAGAGAUGGCCUAGAAAUUGCAGUUGACCAAGGAGACGAGGAUCUGUUAACGGUGAACGUUGGUAAGAUUCUCUUAGAAUGCUCUGGGAUGCUGACUGCAUUCCAAUCGUACUGUGUAAAACAAGCAGGAGCUGCACUUCUAUUGGCCGGUCUCGAGAAGGAGAAGGAACUUUUGAGGAUAUUCUUACGCGUCUCUCAGAUGGAAAACACGGUCUUGAGGCGAAUGAAUCUAAACUCAUUUCUCAUGGUGCCAGUACAACGCGUGACAAAAUAUCCCCUCCUUCUCUCGCGGCUGUAUCGGGCGACCGCCGCCUGUGCUACUGAGCGGGAAGAUGUCCGUGCUGCACAGCGCUGCGUCGAGUCCAGACUUGAGGAGAUCAACUCUGCUGCCGCGGCGGCCGCUGCCGCAGCUAGAGAUGUGCCGCUGUGGCGCCGCCUGGCGGCUGCUAGGCGAACGGCUCAUGAUCUCCACGUCGCUGACAUAAGGCUGAGGAAAAUGGCCGUCGACGUCUUGGAUUGGAAUCAUGAUGACGCCAGGUUCGCAAUGGAAGGCAAGCUGCUGUUCACCCAGCCAAACGACAACAACUGGAGAAAAGGGCGCACAAUCAAGCUGACGCCAAUCAACGCCCUUUUGGUAACUAACGGAAAGCCAACGACCGCCCACAAAACGAACGAGAUACGAGAAAUCCGAGAAGCUAGAGACCGUGAGGCUAGAGAGAGAGAGGGAGAUGCGUUGUUUGCGCGCAGUGGAGUAAGAGAGGCGGCUCUCUUACUGGUGAGGGAGAAGGCGGGUCGAUACACGUUGCAGAGGGAGCCAUUAUUCCUAGACCGGUGUGUGGUUGCAGCAGAUCAUGAACCUGAACACUUCUUCGAAGUGCAUGAAAUAACGACCAAGGAUUCUUAUAUUUUUAAGGCAGAAGAGAACUCCCGUACUCGCACGUGGUACCGCCAGCUGCAGUAUCACGCGCAGGGCGCGGGCACGUGGCGGAAGCGACGAAACGCGCUUGCCAAUAUCAUGAUAAACCCCAUGCUGACAAGAAACUAACUCACUUAUAUAGUUGACAGGUUACAUUUAUUAUAUUUAUAACAAUAUUUGCUACAAAUCUUGAGGUGUUAAUACGAAACUGUUAUUCGCAGAUAUAUCAGUGUAGAUGUGGAACUAAAUAAUAUUUUUUUUUUGUAGUUUAGAUAUUAUCGGAUAUUUUGGUAAAAAUGAGAAAAUGAGAAAUGAGAAAUGAGGUAUAAGAAAAACGUAUAAAAUAACGAUAAUAGUAACUACUAAAAUUUAAUUUAUCAGAUAGAAACCCAGCAGUAAUAUUUCUUUUCCCAGGAUAAUAUUAUUUUUUAAUUAAAAUCUUGAAAUAAUUUUUCAUAUACUUGUAAACUGCGCUCGAAAAAAAUUUAUAUAUUAUAAUUUACAUUGUAUAAUUGGAAUAUUACUAUAAUAUUAGAUUGAUAACAUAUAUAAAACUUCAUAUAUUUUGACUGCAUUUAUAUUACUUGUAAUUACAAUAAAACUUGCAAAUUAAUCGAUAUUAAAAUUUUCAUACAAUAUAUAAUUUCAGCGUAGAAAGCUUUAAAUUAUAAUAUAUAUAUUAAUAAAAUUGACGGAAAAUUGAAACUAUAAGGAAGUAAUUAUAUCUAUGGCCAUGGUAACUCUAUUAUCUAGAUAUAGAACGGACAAAAUAGAUAUUAUUAAGACUUAUUUAAUCAAGUUUGCAAUUGCAAUAAAUUACACAAUUUUAAUUAAUUUUAAUUUAAAUAAAAAAGUUCUUUCCGUUUUAUAUUUAUUUAAUAGAAAAUUGAGUAAUACGUAAAUAGGUAGUUAAUUGCUAUAAUAUAAAAAUGCAUUUUGUAAAAACUGUAAUUUUCAAAUAUUUUGUAAAAUAAAUUGGAUAUAAUGAUUAUUUAUAAUCUACUCAUAAAUGCAAUUGUAAUCAAACCAAUAAUUAAAUGUAAAUAUAUUUUAAAAACGUUUGCCACUAGUUUUAACACUAGCUUUACACCAAAAUAUAGUGUUUUUAUUAACAUUGUGUGCCCUAUAUCUUAUAAUUUUACUAAUAACGAAUCAUAGCUUAAGAAAAUAUGUCUUUGUACAUAAUUAACUUUAAUAGCUGUGAUAAACUAUCCUCAAGUGAAGGAAAAUACACAAAAAAACUUGCUUGAAACAUAUUCAUUUAAAUGUAAUUAUUACACAAUCUUCUUCUUACACGCAAUUUAAUUAAUGAAUCUUCUUAAACGAAGUGUAAUUCUUAUUGAAUCUUCUUACGUAAAAUGUAAUUAUUAAUGAAACUUCUUACGUAAUCGUAUAUAAAUUUCAUAAUAAUUUCCUGGCUAGUCUUAAGGGAUUUUCGUGUAAUUAAUAGUAUAUAUUUAUAAAAAAAAAAUACACAUAUUGAAUUGUAUUUAUUGUAUGUAGUUAUAUUUUAAGUUUAUAUAAUGUAAUUUAGAAAUAACAAGAAAAUGUUUUCUUCUUUAAGAAUAUUGUAUUUGUUAUGUAAUUACUAGAUGUGAGGACAGGAAAUAAAUUAAUGACUAA